AGCGCUGCAUUAGGCUAGUGUAGACAGCCUCCACUUUUCUAGAGAGAGAGAGAGAGAGAGAUAGAGAAAAAAGGGGGAGGGAGAGAGUGAAAGAAAGGAAGGAAGAGAUUAGCAAAAGGUGUGAGCUUUAAAUUCACUGAAAACAGAGAGUGAGAGUGAGUGAAAAAAAGCCAAAAGGCGUCAUAGCGAGGCAACAGGAGUUUGAUAGAAGUCAUAGGCAAGUCCGUUCGCUUUUUUUUCAUCUUUUUUUUUUCUCUCCUUCGCUUGUCAUUUCUGGAGAUUUUAGGCCGGUGUGAAGACCUGGAGCGUUUGCAUGCACAGAUAGAGAGAUAGAUAGAUAGUCAAGACAAAAAAAAAAGACGAAGAUAGAGAGUGAGCGCAAAAGAGAGGGAGCGUGUUUGUUCGAGAUAGGAGAGAGAGAGAGAGCGGGUAAAAGAAUCUCUCUUUUCUGCACAUGGCUGAGUAAGAACCAGAUCUGUCAUUCACGCUGGCGCAGGGCCCUCUCAUCUCGCCGUAUCUUUAGUCGCUCUCACAGCUCCAUCAUGUAUGCAGAUGACAUUCUAGGCAAGAGGAGAGCCUACUCCCCCAACAGCAGCAGCGAGUGCCCAUCUGACAGCAAGAAGUCCCGCAGCGUGUCACCUAAAGAAAACUCUCACACGCCUGCGCUGGAGCCGGGCAGUCACAUGACCCCCGAGGAGCACUACAGGCGCAUGAUGUCAGCGCUGAACGAGCAUGGCUCUUAUGAGGAGCAGCAGCAGCGCCUCUACCAGCUGGCCAACAACAUGGGCAUCCCAAGCCAUGAGCUGCUACAUGUACGUCAGGAAGCCAUGGUUGCUGUUAGAAAUCCAGGAGGAAUGGAAGCCCACGUCCCCUCUGCAGGCAGCUCCUCCAGCCAGCGGCGCAAACAGGGCCUGCCCCAGCACAGAGACGCACACUUCCCUGAGCGAGAUAUAUCGCACCCUCCACCAUUGCUGUCCCCACAGAAUGCUCCUCAUAUUGCUCUGGGGCCUCACCUGCGUCCCCCGUUCCUGGGCAUGCCUUCUGCCCUCUGCCAAGCCCCAGGUUAUGGUUUUUUGCAGCCUGCUCAGGCGGAGAUGUUCGCCCGUCAACAGGAGAUUCUUCGUAAACAGAACCUUGCAAGGUUGGAAAUGUCUGCUGAGUUGUUGAGACAGAAGGAGUUAGAGAACCUCCACAGGCAGCGACUGCUGGCGGACCCAUUGGGCCUGCAUCCCGGGCUCCCUGCAGAACACCCUGCCUUACGCAGCCUGCAAGAAAUCCCAGAAGGCCACCCGCUCCGAGAGGAGCUCAAUCGCCGCAAUGCCAUGCUGGUUUUGCGGCACAACAACACCCCAUUACUCUCCCUCAACCACCAGGGGGCAGCAGCAGGCACUUCCUCUAAAGACCUUAGCAACAGGAAGAGCUUGAGGAAAGGAGGACCACUCCAAGGGGACCAACAGGGGGGUUCAUCUGAAACAAAAGAGAUGCUCAGAGAGGGCUGCGUGCGAGAUGUAGAAACAGAGGGAAUGGAUGAAGACAUGAAAGACUCUGAGAAUGAUGCAGAGGUUGGGGAAGACAGGCCGGAAAGGCUUUCCAAAGGGGACGGACAUGGUCUCAGUUCAGAGGUGUGCCAAGGAAAGGACGUAACCAAGACUAGUGAAGCAAUAAAAGAGCUAGGGGAAGGGUCAGGAAGGCUCAGUGUACCUUGUAGCUCCACAGGCCAAGAGUCACCAACUCACCACCUUUUCACAUCAGGACUUGGCAAGAAUGAGGCUAAAUACCUGCCACCAGGAAUCCCACCCUUACCCACUUUGCCUGGACAAAUGCUGCCCUUCACUUUUCCGUACUCCAGUCCUUACUUUCACACUGGCGCCAUGGGAGGUCUUUUCGUGGACGGAGAAGAGGCAGGAGCAGCCGAGGACAUCAGCAAGUGGAGUGUGGAGGAGGUGUGCAGCUUCAUCAGCAGCCUAGCAGGCUGUGGGGAGUACACACAGGUCUUCAGAGAGCAGGCCAUUGAUGGUGAGACUCUGCCACUGCUGACAGAAGACCACUUGCUUAACAACAUGGGAUUAAAACUGGGGCCUGCCCUCAAGAUCCGUUCUCAGGUGGCGCGACGUAUUGGCAGAAUAUUCUACAUGACCAGCUUCCCGCUGGCCCUCCCGCUGCCACCAUCUGCUCUGCGCCCUACAGACAGAGACCCCCUGCCCACUGAGACCCGCCCUCCUUCUACCAGCAGCACUUCCUCCCCAUUCAGUGUGCCCCCUCCCGCCUGCCGCACCUCCCCUAAACAGGAGAACGGAAACCCCUCCUCAGCGGGAGCCUACGACUCCACUAAACCUCCCUCGUAGAAUUGGCCAUUAAAACUUUUGACUGCUUCUCCAUAUGGCAGAGGCAGCGCUUCAGGAAGGAGGUAAAGAUGGAGAGAGGGCAUGAAGGGGGCCCUCUUUGAACUAUUCUUUCCUUCCUCUUACCCCCACUACCCUCCUCCCGAAAUAAAAAGCAAACUUGAGGACCUUCAUGCAGAGGCACUUAAUCUUUUUUAGGAAAAGUGUGGAGAAAUGUGCAGAAAGACGAGAGACACUGAUGAAACGACUCUGGCUUAAACAGCUCCACCCUGUGCAGUGGUUGCGAGGAUGCCAAAAUCCAAAGAUGUGCAAAUAGGGACUCGGGGUUGAGACAGGAAGCGUUAAGAGUGUGUGAGAGAUGAACGUGAGCCGACAGCUGCUCCUAAACAGCAUGCUUGAAGGAAGAGAGUCAUAUUCAGUGAGGACACAAGGUACACAUACAAGAUUCUCUUGUGUCAGACAUUGCAGGAAAGCACCAUUCGCUGAGAUAUACUCUCGUGGUACCCAACAUUCUCGGGGAACGGUGAACUUUGAGAGAGACUGUCUUUUCUGCUUUCAUGCCACCACCUUCGCCAACUUCCAGCGGUUCCAGUUGGUUUAGCUUUGAAAGACUAAAUCCUCCAAAGAGGAAUACAUACAAUCUUGACUAGUGCAACUAUGCAUUCCACAGUCCAAAACCAAAGAUGGAUGGAUGUGGAAUAUUCAAACGAGAUCUAGCAUUGAUCUCACCAGUGACGAAACAAGGUACAUAUACAGGGCCAUACUGAAGGAAGUGGGAUGGGGAAAAGGAGACAUUUAAAGCACUUAGACUUCCUGCGACCAAAAGCCAUCAGCCAAAGCAAUGGCCCUAUCUCUCACCCAACAAACAUCUGGGCCCGUUUUAGUUUUACAACCCCAGAAAAAAAGAGCAUUAGGGUAGAACGUACAUCCCUCUCAAUGCCAGUCUGUAGAUGGAUUAAUGCCACUGUGAGGUCACAUUUACUGCUGUGGGAAAGACAUAUUAUCCUGAAUUGUACAGAAACAUGCUCAAGAUAAGAAUAUACUGAAGAUGAAAUAAGUGGUACGUUUUGUUAAAUGUAGUUGCACGAGUUAAAAAUCUUUAUUACUGAACAAAAUGUGACUGACUGGCUUGGUGGUACUUUUUGUUCCUAUUUUUUUGCUGUGUAUUCCACUUGUAAUAAUCAUGAGCCCCAAACUUAAAUGCCACUUCAGCAUAUAAAUGAGAAAAAAUAUUUAUAGGAAUUUGUUUGCUGUAGUUAGAGCUACAAAAUAUUCAAUUGUCCUCAAAUUGAUCCCAAAGAACGAUACUUUUCUCUUUGUUGCAGGGAAAUGGAAGGCACAAAGCUCUUUAUGCAAAUUUUUGAAAUGGUUUUUCCUUUUAAACAUGUAAGCAAUUAAUUAAAAUUGUCUCUAGAUUUCCCAUCAAUGUUUUGUCUUCAUCCUAUUUUUCUAUUCUCCGCUGGGUGAAAUAAAUCCUAUUGAAAACUUA